AUGGCUGUGGGGGGCCCCCAGGAGCUGAUCCUGGUCUGGCUCCUGGUGCUGGCUGCGGGCAGCUCAGAUCAUGUCUUCCGGCCGGGCCGGAGGGUGUGUGUGGUCAGGACUCCUGUGAGCACCGUGACCGAGUCCUUUGUUCAGCGAGUGUACCAGCCCUUUCUCACCACCUGUGACGGUCACCGGGCCUGCAGCACCUACCGGACCAUCUAUAGAACUGCCUACCGCCACAGCCCCGGGCCUGCCCUGGCCAGACCCCGGUAUACCUGCUGCCCUGGCUGGAAGACCGGCAGGCUCUCUGGAGCCUGUGGAGCAGCAGUGUGCCAGCCACCGUGCCAGAAUGGAGGCAGCUGUAUCCAGCCAGGCCGGUGCCGCUGCCCUGAUGGGUGGCAGGGGCAUUCCUGCCAGACAGAUGUGGAUGAGUGCAGCUUGGGCCGGGUCGUCUGUCCCCAGCUCUGUGCUAACACCAUGGGCAGCUACCAGUGCAAGUGCCAGGAGGGGCACCGCUUAUCCUUGGACGGGAUACACUGCUUGCCCAUAAGGGAGUCCCCCACGGUGACCCUGAGCCCCAUUCCAGGAGUGGACAGUGAGGUGGAGCGGGAGGUACAGAGCCUGCAGUCCAGGGUGGCUGUGCUGGAGCAGCAGCUGCAGCUGGUGCUGGCCCCCUUGCACAGCCUGGCCUCACGGGCCUUCCAGCUCGGGCUCCCUGACCCCGGCAGCUUGCUGACCCACUCAUUCCGGCAGCUGGAGAGAAUUGACUCUCUAAGUGAGCAGAUCUCCUACCUGGAAGAGCAGCUGGGGGCCUGCUCCUGUAAGAAGGAACUGACUGGCCAGGACUCCUAG